AUGGCCUACGCUUACUACUAUGACUACCCACCUCCAUUGGUGGACAACCCUCAUGAACGACACCAUCAGCACCAGUCGCUCCUUCAAUACAUCGCCCGCCGUCACCCCAGACCAGAAGACCACCCGAACCAACCUGACCUCGACUUCCGCGAUGCUAUCCACGAAUACCUCAUCGAGAUCGAAGUGCCGGGGAUCAAGAAGCCUGAAGACAUCACCGUUACCUGGACCGGUAACCGAUCCCUUCUGUUGUCGGGCAAAGUCGACCGGCCAGACUAUGGAAAUGCCGAGAACGCAAAGGUGGAAGAAGAACAGCCAGAACCUCAUGACGGGGGAAUCCAUCUGUUGAUUGGAGAGAGGAGAAUCGGCCCGUUUCGACGAUACGUCAAUUUCCCCACGGAUGUAGAGAACGUCAGUGUCACGCUGGAAGCUGGCUUGUUGAAGAUUCGUGCGCCCAAGAAAGGGUUCAAGGAUAUCGCCAACACAAAGGUUGAUGUUAAGCACGAGUGA